AUGACCUCCCGCAGCCGCCUGUUGAACGAAAUAAAAGAGGCGGCGAGACAAAGCAAAGAUGGAGAUGUUAUUUUAAUGCCGGAGGAGGAACUUUUAAUUUGGAUUUGCGCUGUUCUCCUUCUUACCCUUUAUCGCCUCCGAGUGUAUCUUUUGCGACGAAGUGUUUUCACCCAAAUGUGGAUUUUAAAGAAGGAAACAUAUGUUUGGACAUUUUGCGGGACUCCUGGACCCCCGCCUGGUCCCUCCACUUCGUCUGCCUCGCCAUCGCGGCUCUUCUCGACUCCCCAAAUGCAGAAAGCCCCCUCAACUGCGACGCAGCAGCAGCAGCAGCAGCAGCAGCAAGAGCAGCAGCAGCAGCAGCUGGAGCAAGAGCAGCGGCUGCAGCAGGAUGAGCUGCAAGAAAGGCAGCAACAGCUGCAGCAGCUGCAGCAGGAUGAGCUGCAAGAAAGGCAGCAACAGCUGCAGCAGCUGCAGCGGUUGCAGCAGCAGCAGCAGCAGCAGGAUGAGCUGCAAGAAGAGCAGCGGGGGAGGCAGCUGCUGCAGCAGCAGCAGCAGCAGUUGCAGCAGCAGGAUGAGCUGCAAGAAAUGCAGCAGCAGCUACAGAUGCAGCGGCUGCUGCUGCUGCAGCAAGAUGAGCUGCAAGAAAGGUAG